AUGUAUCUAAUAGGUUUGGCCACCAUCACAGCUCUGGCAAUAUGUUUUGGUGACUUGGUGUGCGGUUAUGGAAGCCGGCAGAAGAAGCAACUGUCACCAGCAUUACAGCUCGAAGAUAGCAUAAACUCCCUUUUGCGCCUUAAUGAAUUGGGAUAUAAACGAUCGUUUGGAGACCGAUCGCCAGCAAUGGAAUUACACGAUAGUUUAGAUGACCUGUUGUCUCUGCAAAAUAUUGGUAAACGACCUGCGUUAAGUCCAGCAGAUCAAUAUGCUGAACAACUCGAUGUCAUGCAACACUUGGCAGCUGCUGGCAAGAAAAGGUCACUGUCACCGGCAACUGAUUUUCAGCAGCAAAUAAAGCUUCCACAGAUACUAAUGGAUGUAGGUCGUUAAAAGAAAAAAGAAAAAAUAUCAGUUUUCCAUGUUUAUUCAUUGAUGUUUGAAUAAGUCAAGGAUCUCGAGAAAAAACGUAAAAUUUCAACUUAUUGUUAUGGCUUCCCUAAUUACUCCAAAAGCAGUAAAUACCACAGUUACUGUUAUCAUU